ACUUUAAUGGUUUUGUUCUUUAAUCACAUAACUAACUGCACGUAUAGGGGGCAGUAGGAAUACGUUCCAGUCCGGGGUCUUCAUCGCAAAUGGUGUCCCCUUAAAACGCCAGCUGGACAAGGCUACAGGCCUGAAAAUCGGGGAAAAUGCACUGGUUCUCGCUGUUCCUGAUUUAAAUAACAACGACAAAAUCGAAGGGACUAAAUUUCCAUAAAGCAACUCGUUAAAAUAACCACGGAGACGGAACUGUUGUAAGAUGCCUGAAGUUCGGGAACUCUCUGAUGCCUUGCCAGAGAUGCCCAUGGACCCCAUCACUGGGGUUGGUGUAGUGGCAUCCCGGAACAGGGCUCCCACCGGCUAUGAUGUGGUUUCCACUACGACAGAUGGGCUGGAUGCAGACCUUUGGAAAGAUGGUCUGUUUAAGUCCAAGGUGACGCGCUACCUUUGCUUCACCAGAGUUUUCUCCAAAGAAAAUAGCCAUCUGGGUAACGUGCUCGUGGACAUGAAGCUGAUUGACAUCAAAGACACUCUACCCGUCGGCUUCAUCCCUAUCCAGGAAACGGUAGACACGCAGGAGCAGGCCUUCCGGAAGAGGCGACUCUGCAUCAAGUUCAUCCCCCGGGACUCGACAGAGGCAGCCAUCUGUGAUAUUCGUAUCCUGGGGCGAUCCAGGCAGGCCCCUCCACAGUACACCUUCAUAGGAGAAUUGAACAACAUGGGAAUCUGGUACCGCAUGGGGAACGUCCCUCGGACCCUCGACUCUUCCCAGACCCCGCUGGCCAACAACACCCAGAACACCACCAACACCACCACAGCCUCCACCCCCACCCCUGCUGCUCCAAUGCUCAAGCAUAUAUCCAUGACACUCCCAGCCAGCUUCCGAGGGAAAAACACCACACGGCCCGACUAUGAGCACCAGAACUCUAACCUUUAUGCCAUCUCUGCAAUGGAUGGCGUUCCUUUCGUGAUCUCUGAGAAGUUUGCCUGCACCUCAUCAGAUCUGCAGCAGGUAGAUCUGAUGGGCAUUACAAUCAAAUCUCUGGCUGAGAUUGAGAAAGAAUACGACUACAGCUUCCGCACGGAGCAUAGUGCGGCCGCUCGCCUCCCACCCAGCCCCACUCGGACCCCACUGAGCUCUGAGGCCUGAAGACCCCCCCCCCCCCCCCCCCCCCCACACACACACACACCCACACACACAACAAUAUCACCCUCGGACCCCUGUCCAGAGCUACUGACUUGAACACACACACACACACACACACACACACACACACACACACACACACACACACACACACACACACACACACACACACACACACACACACACACACACACACACACACACACACACACACACACACACACACACACACACACGUGUGUGUGUGUGCAUCUUGCAAACACCUGCACACAAAAUAUCAGCGUGAACUUGGCUCCUGACUAGGCGUGGUGGAGGGGGUCGACGCUGUACAGUGGAAGAACAACAUGGAGAUUAGAGUUGCUAUCGUGAGAAGAGGAGAAGCAGCCGUUACAUCUUUGUGUGUUAAUUUGUAUGUCUUGAGAUGUGAUAUCGUAGGUCCCACUGCCACUAUCCGCACCAUUGAGAACUUGACUUUGGGCUUCUUAACGGACGGGCUCAUGUGUUUGGCUGCUCCAGGAACUGUCCAGGACUUUUAAAAUGUCAUUUUCUUUGUUGUUUUUUUAUUUGUUAUGGUUUUAUGUCUGACUUUGAAGGAACGCCUUCUUGCCUUCGGCCCUUCAACAAGGUGGAAUGUUGUGAACGAUGCUCUUUUAUUUUUAUUUUUUUCUCAACUCACAACGUUCCUACUGGUUUGUCCGCAGUCUACUCCCAGUACUCCCAAGACCCCAGUGGACAGGUCCUGUCUUUGUGGGUGAAAAACAAACGGAUCAUUCUUGUCGUUUUAUUUUUGUUUUUUAACUGUGUGUGUGUGUGUGUGUGUGUGUGUGUGUGUGUGUGUGUGUGUGUGUGUGUGUGUGUGUGUGUGUGUGUGUGUGUGUGUGUGUGUGUGUGUGUGUGUGUGUGUGUGUGUGUGUGUGUGUCAGUCAAACAUGUCACCUGUGAAUAUCCUGUCCCUCUAUGUGGUUUAAGAUGGCUCUUUGGAUCAUAGACCAGAACCACAAGUACUGUAAAAGUUAGCCUUUCAUGUUCUGAUUGUUGGACUACAAAUACCACUAUCUCUCCUCAAGUAUAUACUAAUGUUAUUUCUGGCAUUUUAACUGGUCUCACUGCACUUUGUGCUUAGCUAAAUGUAUUAUUUUUUACUCAAAUGCUGUUACAUAGUAUUUAAGAAGUCUUGUAUUGUUUUGUUUUCAUAUUAGCAACGUUUCUUUUUCAUCCUGAACUGCUCAAGAAGUUACUUAGUAUCACUUUUAAACUGAGCCUUACUUUCAACAAGUAAAACUCUCAUGUCUUUUAAGUAUUUGCUGUAAAUACCACAGUUGGCAUGAGUUGUGUCAUAAAGGUUUCAAAUGCUAAAAGGUAAUAGGGUUAACCUCAUAUUUUAGGAGAAAAUGCAGCUAACCAUUUCUUCUGAUCUAAUACUUUUUUAAAGUUAUAAUCCACUGAUGUUCUGAUCUUCACAAAGCUUUUGAAUAGAUAGUUUAAUAUCUUUCGAUUGUUCUCCCCCUUUCUUGCAGAUGUGUUAUUUUAGUAUGAAAGGAAUCGAAUCAAUCACCUCAAUCUUAUGCAGAAAGGGAUCACGAUCAAGGCUAACUACCAACUACAGCCACAUUGUCUCGUUAGGUUGUUUCAAACUUUUGUUUAAGAGUUAAAUUUUUUAACUGAAUUGUUUAACCACUUUCCUCAACUAUUUUCUCAGGCCUCUCAGUAUUGUGAACAUUUGGUCCCACAUAAGCAACCCAUGAUUGAACAAAAUAAACAGUGUAAUCAAACGUAUGUUUGUUUCUACUGUUUGACUGCGUAGCUAUCAAGUCAUUGAAGCACUUGAGUUACACGCAAGAUGGUUUGGGAUCUCCUGCAUAUGUGUUUAGUUUCCAAACGUUGGUUGUCAAAUUCGGCAAGUCAUCGUGGUGAAAAGUUGUUCACUCAUGUUAAUACUGUGUAUCCGAAUUAACAACCAUUAACACAUCAGCUCCUCAUUAGUCUCUUAUUCUUGAAUGCGAUUCCAGGAUAUAUCCGUCCUUUUUAUAGAUCUGUGCUGUGUGUUUUUUUUUUUUCAAAGCAUACAGAUAAUGCAAUGAGUUUAUUAUAUUGAUUUCAUGUAAAAAGAACAUAACAUUGAAUAAAUGUAGCACUAAGUGUAAUUGCUUGCAAGGCUCACUUGUCUCUGUUUUCAUCCACAUGAGGUUAAGGCUGUGUUAACAACGCCAGGGCUUAAUAUGAGACACAUGGGCCAAUCUGUGUGGCCCAUCACUGCUUUGGAGCCUGUGUCGUGAAUACAACAGUCAGUAAACAUCAGAAAACGUGGUGUUGUGUUCAAAGUUAUUGUGACUUUGUGUGUGGCAGGGGGUCAUCCCACUUAACACACUCUGAACCAAUUUACAGGGCUAAUUGUCGAGAUGUCCCUGAGCAAGACAUCCAACCCUAACUGCUCCUGACGAGCUGGCUGUUUCCCCGCAAGGUGGACUGCAACGCUCUGUGUGAAUGUGUGUACGAAUGGGUGAAUGUAGGCGCUGAUUUUAAAGUGCUUUGAGAGGACCCAAGUUAGUUAACGCUUUAUUAAGGCAGCAGUUCAUUUACUAUCUGAUGGGUGAUGGAACAACAGUGGAAACUACGCCAUUUGGAUCUUUGGACCGCUCCUCCGUGGACCACACACUACUCUUUAAGACAAAGAAACAACCAUGCAACAACCAGUUCCUCAUGCAACUUUGUGUCAGUUUCUGUUAUGCUUCUUCCAGUAAACCAAGUCCAAAUCAUAUUUUUUAGGUUUGCAAGUCUGAUGUAUUUCAUUUCUCAUCUUCAGGGUUCAAUCGUGCAACUUGCAAAGGUGCUAUGUUUUUGAUUAACACAUUUGAAAAUUGAAAUGUGCAUGGUUUGAACUUUGAAAAUGCAGGACAUCAACCUGAAAACAGAUCCGGACCGACAUGGUCAGCUUUACCAAUGAAACAGCAGUUUGUAUUGCACACAGAAACUAGGCUAUCUGGUUCAACCCUGGACUCAUGUAACAACCAGUAUUCCACUGAGAAAGUUAUUUAAGACAUUUGAGAAUCUGUGAAAUCAACAUAUUUAUCAAUCUGAGAUAGAAUGUAGAAUUGGCUAUUUCUCAGCGAUUUACUUUGACUUAAUUUAUUUUGAUCAGGUGUAAUAAAGUC